AUUCUUCUAUAAAUAAGAGAUACAGCCCUAAAAAAAGUAUAUCACAAAUUGCAGCUACAAAAAUCAUGUGACUCUUGAAUACAAAUUUAUUCACGUAGUUGUAAAUUACAUGAUACGUAGAUUUAAGUAUAUUAUACAAAAGCAAGAGCAGCAUAAAAUAUGCUUUGGAUCUGGAUGUCCUCGUGACACAUCUAAAAAGGGUAUGAGCCCAUUUAUGAGGUAUUAUACUUUAGAGGAUUAUCCAAAUGUAGCACCAAAUUUAUAUAAUGCCCUACAAUCGUUUAAAGCAAUUACAAGAAAGCCUUGUUCUCACAGUAUUAGUAAAAAAGGUUACAGUGGUAUUGCCAGAUAUAGCAAACAUAUUGUAUUAAAAAAUGAUUACCCAUCGCCAACAGAUUACAAUACUUCCUCAUUUCCUAAACAAAUACCUAAAUCAAAGUACCCAUUUGAUUCCAACAGCAAGAGGCAGACAUUUGUUACCAAUACAAAUCCAGGUCCAGGAUUAUAUGUUAGUGCUAAAAGAGAAGGGAUUACAUUUGAGCACAGUUUCGGUGGUAGGGUGAAAAUGAAACUUGGUGUGGAUCUGAAAUGUUGCAGUAAAAAUACAGAUGUUUGCCAAAUAUGUGGUAAAAGACUAAAUGAUGACUAUUGGCAUUUAGAAAAUGAAAUAUUUUUAUGUCGACUAUGCAUGAAUACAGAAUAUGAGAAACAGACGAAUUAUAAAAAAACGGAAUUAAAACUAUUUCGUAAAAUACGAGAUUGUUCGAUUGUACAUCAACACGAAGGAACAACUGCAAAAAUAUGGUUAAUGCAUCCUAAAAUUGUGGCACAAUGGAUACAAAGAGAAGCUUACCUUUCCACCUACUUAAAAGGGUAA